CCUAAUUUCUCACAUCCUUGUAAACUUAACCCACUCGUAGAAAAAAAAAGAAAAGAAAAGAAAAAAGAAAAAAAAAAAACUGCAGGUAAUUAUGAAUGUUUUAGGAGAAAAAUUCUUCUGAAAUUAAGAUUCCGCCAUGGAAGCUUUUGAUCUUUCUCUUCUUCACUAGUACUACUUCUACUACUACUUAAUUUCAAAAAAAUAAAAAAAAUUGAUUUUUAUUUUUUCCCCUUUUCUCUGAAUCUUACGUCCUUCUGGAUCUCUUUCCUCUCUCUCUCUCUCUUGUCUAUACUUUAAGUGUCUGUCUGAAGACGAAGCUUGAAUCUGUCGUGAUCAAACUAGUUCUCUUGUCUUUUUAAUUUUGUGUUUUUUUUUCCGGGUCUUCUUCUUCCUUAGUUGUCGGAAUCAGAAUCUUUCAGAUGGAGGAGAGAGAAGGAACUAACAACAACAACCUUGCUACCAGUUUUGGUCUGAAACAACAUCAACAACAUGAAGCUCCUCGUCCUCCUCCUCCUCCUGGUUUCCACAUGGAGCCACCGCGGUCUGAAAACCCUAAUCUUUUUCCGGUGGGUCAAUCCAGCACUGCCUCCGCCUCUGCGUCGGUGAAAGCUCCUGAGAAUGCUGCUCCUCCUUUUAGCUUGACAAUGCCGGUUGAGAAUUCGUCUUCUGAGUUGAAGAAGAAGAGAGGGAGACCUAGGAAGUAUAACCCUGACGGCUCUCUCGCUGUGACUCUCUCUCCUAUGCCCAUCUCCUCCUCUGUUCCGUUGGCGUCGUCGGAGUUUGGCUCUCGGAGAAGAGGUAGAGGGCGAGGGAGAGGGAGAGGAAGAGGAAGAGGACGAGGACGAGGGAGCGUAAUUGGAAGUGGUAGUGGAGAGCCCAACAACAACAAUAACAAUUGGCACAAGGCUCCUCAGAUGUUCGAAUUCGACAACAGUCCUAGUUCUGCUUUUGCAGGUGGAGGACUUGCAGAACUUGGCAGUCCAAGUUUUACACCUCAUGUGCUUACAGUAAACGCCGGUGAGGAUGUGACAAUGAAGAUAAUGACCUUCUCUCAACAAGGCUCUCGUGCUAUCUGCGUUCUUUCAGCCAAUGGUCCCAUUUCCAAUGUCACACUUCGUCAAUCUAUGACAUCUGGUGGUACUCUCACUUUUGAGGGUCAUUUUGAGAUUCUUUCUUUGACUGGUUCAUUUAUACCAAGCGAGAGUGGAGGAACCAGAAGCAGAUCCGGCGGGAUGAGUGUGUCCCUUGCUGGACCUGAUGGUCGUGUCUUUGGUGGUGGACUUGCCGGUCUCUUUAUAGCCGCUGGUCCUGUUCAGGUGAUGGUAGGGAGCUUUGUAGCGGGUCAGGAGGAAACGCAGCAGCAGCAGCAGCAGAUAAAGAAGCAAAGAAGGGAAAGACUCGGGAUCCCAACAACAACUCAAGGUUCUAACAUCUCAUUUGGUGGAUCAGCGGAAGAUCCAAAGGCUAGAUACGGGAUCAACAAGCCUGUUGUUAUUCAACCACCAACCGUGUCAGCACCACCACCUGUGUCCUUUUCGCAUGAGCCAAGCACUAACACAGUCCAUGGUUACUAUGCAAAUAACACCGCUAACCAUAUCAAGGAUCUCUUCUCUUCCCUCCCUGGAGAAUAUGAGGAAGAAGAUGAGGAGGAUUUAGACGGUGAAGAUGAUGAAGAAUUUGGAGGCCAUAGCGAAUCUGACACCGAGGUUCCAAACUGAUGAUUUGAUGGAGCGACUCCCCUGACAUUGAUCAACCAUGAUCUUGAGUUGCUGCGGCGUUUUAUCUUUGAUGUCUUCUGAUUUGUUUAGAGUGUAAUGGUAUUUUUUUCUCAGAUUGUAGUUGUUUUUCGUAAACAGAGAUGUUUCAUUAAAAGUUAGGGUUUAUUAGAGGAUGUAAUCUUUAGGGUUCUUUGACUUGCUUCUUUCUUUUUAUCCCCAAGUGGUCGUUGUAGAGGUGAAAAAAACUUGGUGUGUGUUCUCAAACUCUCUCUUUUAAUCUACUAUGUUCAUUGAACUA